AUCACAGAGAUUUGUAUUCAUUGCAGGAUAAUGUUCAUCGCAAUUUUUGGACUUCAACAACGCGUUGGACGUGCAUACAUUCAACGGUGACACUUACACAGCACUCAAACAUGCCAGGCUACAUCGGGGCAAUCCCCGGAAUGUAUUUUGACACGAAAAGCAACAAAUACUUCACCAUCCAAGCAAACCAUGCAGCGCCGGCCAGUUCUGCUUACUCCAGCCAGGAUGUCAAACGGCGGAAGCUGCGUGACCAGAAAGAGGCUGAAGCUGUCAAAUUGAAAGAGCGUCAAGCACGCCAGGUUCGACAAGCAAGAAUCCUUAAAGAACCACUGGCAGGUGGAAGUUUGAGGAGGGAGACUGGUCUUGAUGGUUUCGACCCUGCUCAGAUCUUUGCUGGAGGCCUUGUACGACAAGGGCAUCGCACGAUCCUGGCUUCAACUGACCGGGAGGCCGGUUCAGGCAUGUUCAGCGUCGGCCACAACCCAGAAGUCAGCUCUUCAAACUUCGAAUUGAGACAUGCAAUUAACGGCUACGUUGAGAUGUGUCGAUUUGAUCUUGAACAAAACGAUCUGUCAUCUCAAAACACUUUUGGAGUUGACUACCAAUGGUUUCGCAAUGAUAGAAUCGCAGGGCGUCCAAGCACAACGGAGAUCUCUUCUAUUUGCUCACAUGAGACGAGUGGAAUACUGGCUACAACGUGGCUAAUCCUCGCCGCCAAUCUUGGAAUAAUGCUCAGUUCCACCAACAUUGAAGAUUCAGAUGAUCACCCUCAUUGGAAUCAGAGAAUAGUCGUGCUUGGUCCCGGUCUCUCUCGAGGCUCGGACGUGUGCAUCUUCUCGUCCACGCCAGCACCACCACAAUCCAACCUUCUCUUCGCAUUCGGUACCAGCGCCGGCGUCCUAGCUACAGUCAAGAACGCAGCACUCGACACCUCCUUCGUCACCCCAGCCCCGGCAAAAGACCAACCAGACGACACCUUCUCUGUUGAAUUCCUAUCCGAUAAUCCUUCCAUCCUACUCUCAGGUGGCCGAAGAGGAAUACUCAGCAUCACAGACCUACGAGUCCCAAUGGUCUCUCCCAAUCCAGACAUCAUCACACAUCCAAGUUCGAUAACACACAUCCGACAACUCGACCAACAUCGCCUCAUAGUCAGCGGUCUCAACUCCACCCUCUGCCAAUAUGAUCUCCGAUUCCGCAAAACCCGCGACUUGAAUCCCACUCCACAACAAAAGGCAAACACAAAAUCAAAACUGAACCUCCAUCCCACCUCCCCCAUCCUAGUCUACCCAGACUACCAAAACACCGCUAGUCACCAAGCAGGUUUCGACAUCGACCUCGAAGCAGGAAUAGUGGCUGCAGCACAAGAAGCUGAUGAAUUCACACCUCCUGUUCAGCUGUUCUCGCUUCAUGGAGGGCAUAAACUAGAAUCGCCUCUAGCGAAAAGGUUUCAGGUUAAGAAUGAUGUGGAUUGGUUGGUUAAGUGUUUGAGGUUUGCGAAGGACUCGGAUAGUGGCAUGAAGAGUCUGUAUGUGGGACAGAGGAAGGUUAUUCAGAGGUAUGCGUGGAGUGAUGUGGAUGAUGGAUAGGCUGGUUAGUGAAAAGAGUGCUGGCUUGGACACAUAGAUGACAGACCGUAAAUAAGACGAAACAUGAUACCCAAUUCGCCUCUAUCCAGGUGACCGUGGUAGUAUUCUGGUCCGAGAGUAUCUCGAUUCGUCAGGUGUGAAGGCAGCCUACUCCAUCUUCAGGUUACCAGACACAAGAAGCAAGUACAGAGGCGAAAGGCACGCAUAUCAAAGCAAUCCUUCUAAAAUACAUGCUUCCCUGCAUGCUAUCUCAUCACAACCAGUAAGCUAAGCAGUAGCUCAAAUACGCCCUGCAAUGCCGAAUCUCUAUCCCAGCUGUCUAUAAUUCAUGUAAUCCAAUCCGUCCCAGUCCAAUUCGAUCUUUUACCA